AUGGAAUCUGCCGUAGGCACCCCACGUCCUUCACAAGUCGCUUCUCUAACACCUUUUAGCAACGGAGCGACAAACGCCUCAGCACUUCCCUUGGCUUGUCCUCAACCAGGCGUCGACUCUUCAGCCUACACAGAAGACUGUCUGUCAAUGGUAUUAUACGUCCCACCUUCCCUCAAUUCAGCUAGCGAUGCUCCCACUAUUAUGUGGGUACAUGGCGGUUCGUUCAUUGUGGGUUCUGCGUCUGGGCCUGGUUUGGAUGGCUCUAAGCUUGCUAUCGCCACUGGAUCGAUUGUUGCCGUUGUGCAGUACCGUUUGGGAGCUCUGGGAUUUAUGGCUCCCAACGGCGGUACAAACCUCGCUGUUAAAGACCUCGUCACUGCUAUGCAGUUUUUGAAGAAGGUCGUUCCGGCUUUCGGUGGAAGCAGCUCAAAAAUCACCCUCGCUGGCCAGAGCAGCGGAGCCAACAUGAUCAGGGCGCUCCUCGCAGUUCCGUCCGCGUCGUCCCUUUUCAAAUCUGCAAUCCUCCAGUCUGAUCCCAUGAAUUAUGGCUUUCUUUCUACGGCCACACAGCAAACGCUGCAGAACAACUUCAACAGCCUAAUCAAUUGUGACGCCAGCAACACAGCAUGUCAGAAUGGUCUUUCCCUCAAUUCCAUUCUAGGUGCUCAGAUGAAUUUGUUCUCCAAUGCUAUCAACCUCGACCCCGCUGCGGGCAACGCUCAGCCCAUCAGACCAGUCAAGGACGGCUACUUUAUAACUUCACCCCUCGAUUCGACAGCGCCGUUUCCAGCUGUCAACAAGCCUCUCCUGAUCUCUACCGUCGCCCAAGAGGCUGGGUUUGCUAUCUACAAUGCAUUCCCAGACCCUUUGCCCGAAGCGGCAUUCCAGCCAAUCUGUGACGCCACAUUUGGUAGCGGCCGAACGCCUGCAGUAGUAUCAUCCCCGAACUAUGCACCCGUUUCAUCGCUGGAUGGAUCAGUGGAUGCUCGCACACAACUACAGGUUGUGGGUACAGAUUACCUUUGGAGAUGUUCUAGCUGGACCUUCGCACGUAACUGGGUCCAGCAUGGAGGCGCUGCCUACGUUGGGCAAUACGUCGUUGGCACUUCUUACCCAGGUAACAGUGCAGUCUCAUUUUGCAAUGGACCGGGAAUUGUUUGUCAUCAAGAUGAUAUUGAAAUAGUGUUUGGCACGACAUCAAAUCCUACAUCCGCACAAUCAGCUCUCACUACCGAGAUGCAAAAACGCUACAAGGCGUUCUUGACUAAUGGAAACCCCAAUGUAGCCGGUGUCGCCAGUUGGGCAGCAGCGACGUCUUCUGAUGUCCACUCCAUCCUCUUGGGCGGGUCCGGGGAAACCGCCGUUGGGGCUUGUGAGCCGGACUUCUGGGGUUCCACUGUCCAAUACGACUAUCAAUUUUAUAAUGAAUAA